UUUAAGUGCUGCUAUAUCUUUUAAACAGUGAAGAUUUUGGUUGUAUGCAAGAUAAUGUAGGUUGCAGAGGAAGUAAAAACCAUUAUAACAGCAUAAAGAAUCACAAGUUAACAAUUGGCAUCACCUACAUGCGAUCUUCUUCAGUAAAAUUGUUUUCUUUAAAUUUUUGUUGUUGUUCUUGUUUGAGUUAUGCUGACUUACUUGGUUUUAUUAUUCGUAAUACAUAUCCCAACAGUCAUUUAUGUUUUUGUGUUUUUUGUGAAGCAACAUAAAAAUUUUAAUCAAGAUUUUGAGGUGUUUAUUGUUCGAUCAUAAUUUAACUGGCCGGAAACUUACUGUGUCUAUCAUUCUCCUGGUUUCUCAUAUUUACCUUCAACAAGCAGCUUGUUUCAAAUGCUUGAUGGAAGCAGGGGAGGUGACUGGGAGUAGUUGUUAAUGCUUAAAAUUUAUGAUGGUCUAGUGCUGGUGGAUUUCACGUUGAUCACUGACAUUUUGCAAAGAUUCUUAAUGUUUUCGUUUUAUGUUGUUUUAUUGAGGGUUCUUCUUAUUUUGCCUAAUAAUUGUGGGCUUCCAGCAUAAGUUUUUAUUUUCUAGUAUAAAAUCUGGUGUCUGGCCGUUGUUUGACGAAUAUAUUCAUGCAUGUUGUUUUUCAGAGUUAUUCACAAACUAAAUGUUACAAGUUAUUCUUCAUUAUUGCUGCUGCUAAGUUGUCAAUAACUUGAAUUAGUUAAAUUCAUAUAUUCUAGAAGUUUUUUUAAAAAAGGCAGGCUAUUGGCCCUUUAUGAGGCCAUGAUCAUAUCAUCUUGAAAGAGAAAGAAAAAGAAAGAAAGUGGAAGCUCCUGCCUUUCUUUUUGGCAUUAUAUGUAAGGUCCUUGGCUGCAGAGUCUGACAGGGCAUAUCAAGGAGGUCCACUUGAACGGACAUUUUAUCAAGAGGCUUACUUAAAUCCUGAGGAAACAGGGGUGAAAAUGAGCAUGACUAGCUUUCAAUUACCUAACCAAUAUGCUACCAGGCUGGACUGGUUCGCUGUAGAUCUUGAAGGUGAACAUUCAGCAAUGGAUGGUCGGAUACUUGAAGAACACACGGAAUAUGUUGUAUAUGCCAUUCACAAGAUUUUGGAUCAAUACAAGGAAUCUCAUGAUGCCCGAGAAAGAGAAGGAGCUGCAACCUCUGGUAAUUUGCCAAAAAGUGUGAUAUUGGUUGGACAUUCUAUGGGUGGUUUUGUUGCUAGAGCUGCAAUUAUCCAUCCUCAUUUGAGGAAAUCAGCCGUUGAGACUAUUCUUACACUUUCAACCCCACACCAAUCACCUCCUGUGGCACUGCAGCCAUCAUUGGGUCAUUAUUUUGCACGUGUAAAUGAGGAAUGGAGAAAGAGAUAUGAGGUUCAAACCACUCGAACAGGACGUUUCAUGUCGGACCCCCUGUUCUCUCAUGUUGUUGUUGUCUCCAUCUCCGGUGGUUAUAAUGAUUAUCAGGUAAGAUCGAAGUUAGAAAGCCUAGAUGAUAUUGUGCCUUCCACACAUGGCUUUAUGAUAAGUAGUACCGGCAUGAAAAAUGUGUGGCUGUCCAUGGAACAUCAGGCUAUCUUAUGGUGUAAUCAAUUAGUUGUGCAAGUAUCACAUACUCUCCUUAGUCUGAUAGACUCCAGAACAGGUGAACCAUUUCCUGACACUCAAAAGAGACUAGCAGUAUUUUCACAAAUGCUUCGUAGUGGGAUACCACAGACUUUCAAUUGGAUGAGGCAAUCACUUCCAUCUUAUCAGGCAACUCAUGCUCCUAUCAAGCAUAUAAAAAAUGCUCUUGGUUCUCAAGUAUCUACUUUAUCUGGUUGUCCCAGCAAUGUUCACUGGAAUGAUGAUAGCCUUGAGAGGGAUCUUUACAUCCAGACUACCACUAUGACUGUUUUGGCCAUGGAUGGGAGGAGGCGGUGGUUGGACAUACAGAAAUUGGGUUCAAAUGGGAAAGGCCAUUUUAUCUUUGUGACAAAUCUUGCUCCUUGUUCUGGGGUUAGAAUUCAUCUGUGGCCUGAAAAGGGGCAAUCGCCUACAGAUCUGGCUGCCAGUAGAAAGGUUGUAGAGGUGACAUCAAAGUUGGUGCAAAUCCCUUCACGGCCAGCACCAAGACAGAUUGAACCUGGUAGUCAGACUGAGCAAGCACCUCCAUCUGCUGUACUUCGUUUGACCCCAGAGGAUAUGCAUGGUUUCAGAUUCUUGACUAUCUCAGUUGCUCCCCGUCCGACUAUUUCAGGCAGACCUCCACCAGCAACUUCCAUGGCAGUUGGUCAGUUCUUUAACCCAGACGAUGGGGAAAGAGAUAUAUCUGCUCAGUUAAUGCUUCUAUCUACCUAUUCUCAAAAGGAAAUAUUUUUGAAAGAAGAUCAUCCCCUUGCUUUCAACUUGUCAUUUUCUAUUAGCUUAGGCCUUUUGCCUGUUACUUUAUCUCUAAGAACUAUGGGCUGUGGAAUAAAAAGGUCAGGGCUUCCUGCUGAUGAGGCUGGAGACAUGGAAAGCAGUAGGCUUUGUAAACUGCGCUGUUUCCCACCUGUGGCACUUGCAUGGGAUCCUACAUCAGGCCUUCACAUAUUUCCUAAUUUAUACAGCGAAACUAUAAUUGUUGAUUCCUCACCAGCCCUUUGGAGUGCUACCAAGGGAUCUGAAAGGACCACUGUUCUGUUACUGGUUGAUCCUCAUUGUUCGUAUAAAAUGAGUGUUGCUGUUUCUGAAACUGCAGCUGCCAGCAGGUUUUUGCUGUUGUAUAGUUCACAGAUUGUUGGCUUCUCCAUUGCUGUUAUCUUUUUUGCUCUAAUGCGGCAAGCACAUGCGUGGGAUGCUGAUUUGCCUGUACCUUCGGUGCUGUCAGCUGUGGAAUCCAAUUUGAGAUUGCCAUUGCCGUUCUUGCUUCUAGGCAUUAUACCCAUUUUGAUUUCCUUGUUCAUUUCCUUUCUAUUGUCUCAACCGCUCCCUCCAUUUGCUAGCUUCAUCAUUGUUUCAGUGAUUUGCUACUUGUUUGCAAAUGGAUCCAUGAUUCUUCUGAUAUUUGUUUCCCAAUUGGUCUUCUAUGCGGCUGCCAUUAUACAUGUUUUCAUCAAGACAAGGUGGCAAGGACAGGAAGGGAACUUUCGCUUAGGAUUUCUUCAUUGGUUUCUUAAUCUUUCUUCCAGUUUUUUCCAAUUAAAGCAGGUUGUAAGGGUUCUAAGAGUCAAUCCAUCACUUGUAACAGCUCUGACUGCUAUCACCUUGGGUUGCUUCGUCCAUCCAGCAUUGGGUUUAUUCAUUCUUCUCUUGUCUCAUGCUUUGUGCUGUCAUAAUGCACUGUGCGGUUUUUUGACGGCUUCCUUUCGCAGCCAUGCACGGAGAAAGGAACUCUUUGAUUGCAAAGAUGAAGAAAAUAAAAGAUCUCAAGAGUUUGCAUCGAGCAAUGGAGUGUGCAACCAUAAUUCCCCAUUGGAAGAAAAUAGCUCCAAUAGUCCAAACUCUUCAAAGAGUUUUGGUGACACACAGUUGGAGAUCUUUCAUCACCGACAUGGCUUGUUGAUCCUGCAUCUUCUUGCGGCACUGAUGUUUGUCCCUUCCCUUGUGGCUUGGCUGCAGAGAAUAGGAUUGGGACAUAGCUUCCCAUGGUUCCUGGAUUCAGCUCUUUGCAUCGGUGUCAUUCUUCAUGGUAUCUUAAACACGAAACCAGAGUGCAAUUCUCAGUUUUCCUUGUCAGUAAUACAGGGGAGGGAAUUGAGAUUGGAUUUUGUCUACCUUCUUGCUGGCUAUUAUUCCUAUCUUUAUGGAUUGGGUUUGGAGCCAUAUAGAGUUUUUUAUGCCAUGGCUGCUGUAGGCUUCAUAUCCUUAGCUUUAAGGAUAUUAUGGAGCAAAGAGAAGGGAGAGCAACGAUUUGGGAGAAGAAAGCAUUCUCAUAAACAUUGAGUUAGUUUCUUCUCAGGGUGAUACAUUUAUACGCUGUGAUGGUAUUUUGACAGUUAUUGGAGAUAUGAAAUCCUCUUUACUUGCAGGCAAGCAAAUAUGACCUUUGAAUUUUUUAGUACAGUUAAAAGAAAAUGGGAGAAAAAAAGAGGGAGAUUUGUUGUUGUUGUUGUGAUGUUAAUUAGCUAGGCAAUUCUUUUGCAGCAAUGCAUUUUUGUAUAUGAGCAUUUUGUUUCUCAGAUUGGAGGGAACUUGAUCUGCAAUUCAAAUGAGAAAUUGGUUUUGUAACAUUGUGCUCGGAGAAAACAAUGUUAUUUAGUUGCAGAUUGCAGA